CUCCUGUGAUGGGUAAAAUCAUAAUGCUGGAAAGCAAAUGUGGGGACUAUAACCGAAGUUACUUAUCCAACGUUACCCUAUGGAUAAAAAAUUCUCGGGUAAAUUUGGAGGUAUGCUUGUUAAGGGAUCUUUUCGCUGGCGUUACGAUGGACAUGGAGUUUCUCAUCAGCAUGCAAAACUCAAUCAAGUAUCAGAAGAUCUUCCAGUACUCGCUAGAUUGUUGCACCAUGCUGGCACAAAAGAGGAACAACAUGUUCAAGAGAUGGUUUUCGACCUUCUUUAGUUCCGGCAACUUUAAAAGAUAUUGCCCGGUGGAGCCCGGCAUCUACUAUUUGAGGGACUACAACUACAACACUCUCUUUAUUCCAAAAUUCUUGUACUCAGGGAAGUACCGAGUUAAGUUCGACAUGUUCCAGUUAAGGAAUAGAGACCGAGACUACGUAAUGGGUUGUGCCUUUGAAGUUGAAAUAAAGUAA